CGCUGCGGAAGUGUUUGAAAGUGCCAUUGCGAGAGAUUAGCGCGAGCUCCACGCUGCACGAACUGACCCGCAGGCCUUCGCGCGCGGCAUGUGAUGGAGUGGCAGCCGGAUGAACAAGGCCUACAGCAGGUCCUCCAACUUUUGAGAGACUCGCAGUCCCCGGACACAGCCACACAGAGAUCUGUACAACAGAAACUAGAGCAAUUGAACCAGUAUCCUGAUUUCAACAACUAUCUCAUCUUUGUUUUGACCAGACUGAAAACUGAAGAUGAGCCCACUCGAUCUCUUAGUGGUCUGAUACUGAAGAACAAUGUGAAAGUUCAUUAUCAGAACUUCCCUCCUGGAGUUGCGCACUUUAUCAAGCAGGAAUGUCUGAACAGCAUCGGAGACCCUUCCCCUCUCAUCCGGGCCACAAUUGGCAUCCUCAUUACGACAAUUUCCACCAAAGGUGAAUUGCAGACAUGGCCGGAGUUGCUGCCCCAGCUUUGCAACAUGCUCAACUCUGAGGACUACAAUACCUGUGAGGGUUCGUUUGGAGCUUUGCAGAAGAUCUGUGAGGACUCGUCUGAGCUUCUGGACAGCGAUGCUCUUAAUCGACCUCUCAACAUCAUGAUUCCCAAAUUUCUGCAGUUUUUCAAGCAUUGCAGCCCUAAGAUCAGGUCUCAUGCUAUUGCCUGUGUGAACCAGUUUAUUAUCGGAAGAGCACAAGCCCUCAUGGACAACAUUGACACAUUUAUCGAGAGUCUGUUUGCACUGGCCACCGAUGAGGAUUGUGAAGUGAGGAAAAAUGUGUGCCGGGCUCUUGUCAUGCUUCUGGAGGUUCGAAUUGACCGGCUCAUCCCGCACAUGCACAGCAUUGUUGAGUACAUGUUGCAACGCACACGUGACCCGGAUGAGAAUGUCUCACUUGAGGCGUGCGAGUUCUGGCUUACGUUGGCCGAGCAGCCCAUCUGUAAGGAAGCCGUAUCUGGACACCUCGCACAGUUAGUCCCCGUUUUGGUGAACGGCAUGAAAUAUUCGGAGAUUGACAUCAUUUUGCUUAAGGGUGACGUGGAGGAGGAUGAGGCCGUCCCGGACAACGAACAAGACAUCAAGCCGCGCUUUCACAAGUCUCGUACCGUCACCCUUCGCCAUGAGAGCACUGAAGGGGGUGAAGGGGCGGACAGCGAAGAUGAGGAUGAUGAUGAUGACGACGAUGAUGACAGUCUGUCUGACUGGAAUCUACGCAAGUGUUCAGCGGCUGCGCUUGAUGUCUUGGCAAAUGUCUUUCGUGAUGAAUUGCUGCCCCAUCUGCUUCCAGUACUGAAGGAACUGUUGUUCCACCCUGACUGGGUCGUGAAAGAGUCUGGGAUCCUGGUGCUGGGAGCCAUCGCUGAAGGCUGCAUGCAGGAUAUGGUGCCGUACCUGCCCGAGCUGAUUCCCGAGCUGAUCCGGUGUCUGUGCGAUAAGAAAGCUCUGGUUCGCUCCAUCACCUGCUGGACUUUGAGCCGCUAUGCGCACUGGGUGGUCAGUCAGCCGGCCGACUCCUACCUCAAACCACUGAUGACGGAGCUGCUCAGACGCAUCCUCGACAGCAACAAAAGAGUCCAGGAAGCAGCCUGCAGUGCAUUUGCCACUCUGGAAGAGGAAGCCUGUACAGAACUCGUUCCCUACUUAAGCUUCAUUCUGGACACACUGGUGUUUGCCUUCGGCAAGUACCAACAUAAGAACCUGUUAAUCCUUUACGAUGCCAUCGGGACGCUUGCCGACUCUGUUGGUCACCACCUUAACCAGCAGGAGUACAUCCAAAAGCUCAUGCCACCUCUUAUUCAGAAGUGGAAUGAACUUAAAGAUGAAGAUAAAGAUUUAUUUCCAUUAUUGGAGUGUCUGUCUUCAGUGGCCACAGCUCUCCAGAGCGGCUUUCUGCCCUACUGUGAACCAGUUUACCAGCGCUGCGUCACACUGGUCCAGAAGAACCUCGCUCAAGCCAUGAUGUACAGUCAGCACCCCGAUCAGUACGAAUCCCCUGAUAAAGACUUCAUGAUCGUGGCCCUUGAUCUUCUCAGCGGUCUGGCUGAGGGACUUGGCAGUCACGUGGACCAGCUGGUUGCACGCAGCAACAUCAUGACCCUCCUGUUUCAAUGCAUGCAGGACACCAUGCCAGAAGUGAGGCAGAGUUCCUUCGCCCUGCUGGGUGACUUGACCAAAGCCUGCUUCGUCCAUGUGAAGCCCUGUAUCGCUGAGUUUAUGCCUGUACUGGGUCACAAUCUCAACCCUGAGUUCAUAUCUGUGUGCAACAAUGCCACGUGGGCCAUUGGAGAGAUCGCCAUACAGAUGGGUACGGAGAUGCAACCGUUUGUGGCUUUGGUUCUCGGUAGCCUUGUGGAAAUUAUCAACAGAGCGAAUACACCCAAGACUCUGCUGGAAAACACAGCCAUCACAAUCGGUCGGCUGGGCUACGUGUGUCCACAGGAAGUUGCGCCCAUGUUGCCGCAGUUUGUUCAACCUUGGUGCACAUCACUCAGAAACAUUCGGGACAAUGAGGAGAAGGACUCUGCAUUCAGAGGCAUUUGUGUGAUGAUUGGGGUGAAUCCUGGAGGAGUGGUGCAGGACUUUAUCUUUUUUUGUGAUGCUGUGGCCUCCUGGGUAAAUCCCAAAGAUGAUCUGAGGGACAUGUUCUACAAGAUUUUGCACGGUUUCAAGGAUCAGGUAGGAGACGAUAACUGGAAGCAGUUCUCUGAACAGUUUCCACCUCUGCUGAAGGAGAGACUUUCAGCUUGCUAUGGUGUGUAGAUGCCCACCCCGCUUACAUAGGAUGUACAUGUUAGGUUAAAUCUAUGGGAGGGUUUCUGGAGAAACGCAUGUCUUUGUGAGAUUGACAUGUUGUUGGAGACAAAGGGGUGGGACUGUUGGUGAUCUGUGUCGGCUCCACUUCCUCCGUCUCUGUGAAAAGAGGAAAUGAGAGAGUUAAUGUGAAAUCAACUUCUUGUCUGAGUUUGGCUUCUGUUCAGGUUGGGAUUUAAACCAGAAGCUCAGGGAUUGGGAUUGGAAGCGAGGGAACAUUCAGGCAAAUUUCACCAGCUGCUUAUUUAAGGAGCGAAUUAAAAUGCUCAUCUAGUAGACCAGCCUCAGCUGUAUCCCUAAAGCACACAACAAUGCAUUCAGUGGCAUGUUUGAGGCAGUCUGUGCCUGAACAAAAUUUAUCUUAAAGGGAUAGUUCACCAAAAAAAGAAAAGAAAAUUGAAGCUUGAUAGUUGUAGUCACCACCACACCUUUUUCUUUGCAAAUAUAAAAUUUGGGGGGCUAUCACUUUAAAAGUUAUUUGUGAAGAUUGGUCAUUUAAGUUAAUGACAAUGCAUGUGAUCAAUGAUGUUAUAAGAGAUUCAUUUUGCAACCAUUUAGUAACUUUAGUAUAUUUUUGCAUUUUCUGCCUGCUUCAUGUCUUUGCACGUAACAUUUGAAUUUUAUUAUUUAACAAACACUGAUUUCCCUCCUCUUUGUUGAUAAUACUACUGUAGCCAGUAAUGAAACGAAGCUUUUUCUGCCGAACUGAAACGCAAAUUGGGGAGCAGAAAGUGUAAUAAGUUUUAGUUUCAGAUUUGAUCGCUGUUGUCUGCUUUCUAUCUUUCUGCUUUUUUAUUUUUCAUUUUGCGAGCAUCAUGUGUAAAAUUAAAAUCAUUUGAAAACCUGAACCAAGAAUUUACUGUAGAUUUGAUUUUAAAACUAUAGGAAAUUAAAUAAUUUUAAAACUUUGUUUUGUUGAUAUGCACGUUCUUUAUUAAAGAUUUUUAGGUUUUUCCUCAAAGAUGGGAAUCUGUUAGUAUUACAAAAGCCAUUUCUGUUCAGUCAACUAUCAACCAAUCACAUGCAAGCAAAGGCAAUUUCUAAAAUCAGCUCCAGUUUAGCCUUAUUUCGUCGGUCAUUAAGCUAUCAUGUUAUAGCUUGUAAUGUAUUUAAUGUUUUUGAAAUUAUGCAAACUUGUCCUUUAGGCAGUAACAUUGUGGAAUAAUUUAGAAGUAAUGCAGGUUUGGAGGAAAUUGUUGGAUAAAACUUUACAUAAAACAUUGGUUUGAUUUUAUUGUGUUUGAUGUUCUGUAUCUGUGGAUACACUUAAGCAUUUGGAGAAGGGAUACCCCGUCCCAAAAUCGUUUUUCCUUCCGUCUUGGUCGCAUUCAUAUCAUUGUACUAGUUGUAAAUGCCUGUUAAAGCAAUAUCCGUGUUUGUCUGCGAAUUUACAGUUGAAAGGCAUCUUCUCAUUAAACACUAGCUCCGACAAUCUAAUUUUUUAAUUCUUGCAUUUUUCUAAGCUGCUGUUUUUAUUAGUCUGUUAAAAUCUAGGCCAUGUAUUUCCAAGAUUUGCGAAAGUGACUUAAAGUGCCACAUUUUAAUCCAGGAGGACCCAAAAUUGUAAACGAGACAAUUAGGGCUUAAUAGAGCGAUUGCCCUUUAAUAUUAGAAACGCUGUUAGAUCUUUAACAAAAUCAUGCGGUUAUAUAUUUUGAAUUAGUAAAUAGUUUGCAAAAUGGAAGUCUGAAUUAUAAGUUGUGCACUGAUGAAUUAACUCCUGUUACAGUCAUGAUGUUAUGCUGCCAAGCAGACCUGUUUCCUUUAGUUAUCAUGUCUUUUUAUUUUUUUUAUUUUUUUUUUAAGUUAAAUGGUUUGUUUUAAAGUUCUUUUAAUAUAUUUUGUUUUGUGCUUGCAUGCACAAAUAUUUUUUCUUUUUGUUUAAAGAAUUUAUUUUUCUUUUUGUUUAAAGAAUUUUAUUUCGUUUUGCUCAGUUUGGAGAAAUGCAUUAGGCUUAUGAUUUUUAGAAAGUCUGCUGAAGCAUUGAUUUUUCCUCUCAUCUUUCCCUCAUCAGUUUGGAUGUUGACUUGUUUUUCACUAAUCACUUGUAUUGAAAUCUUUGAAUGGGGAAAUAAACAUUUUCAGUUUAAA